UUCAAGCAUGGCCAACCCCUACCAACGUGAAUGAAGUGAGGAGUUUUCAUGGGCUGGCUGGAUUUUAUCGACGAUUCAUCCCAAAUUUCAGCACUAUAGCCGCCCCAUUGACUUCAAUUAUCAAGAAGAAUGUGACGUUUCAUUGGGGUGAGGAUCAAGAGAAGGUAUUCCAGCAACUCAAGUACAAGCUCACUCAUGCUCCUAUUUUAAUGCUACCUGAUUUCAACAAGACUUUUGAAGUGGAGUGUGACGCAUCUGGAUUGGGAAUUGGGGCUGUAUUGAUGCAAGAGAAGAAGCCCAUUGCUUACUUUAGCGAGAAAUUGAGUGGAGCUACGCUUAACUAUCCUACCUACGAUAAGGAGCUCUAUGCAUUGGUUCGAGCCCUAGAGACAUGGCAGCAUUAUCUAUGGCCCAAAGAGUUCGUGAUCCAUACUGACCAUGAGUCUCUCAAGUACUUGAAGGCCCAACACAAGUUAAACAAGAGGCAUGCUCGUUGGGUGGAGUUUACUGAGUCGUUUCCCUAUGAGAUCAAGUACAAACAAGGCAAGGAGAAUGUGGUUGCUGAUGCGUUGUCGAGGAGGUACACGUUGAUCACUACUAUGGAUGUUAAGUACCUUGGAUUCGAGCAAAUCAAGGCUGCUUAUGAAGGGGAUUUCGACUUUGGAGAGAUUAACAAGGCUUGUGAGAAGCAUGGAGAAGGAAAGUUCUACCGAAGUGAUCUCUUUCGUGGUAAUCAAUUAUGCAUACCUAGGACAUCACUUCGAGAGCUAUUGUUAAGGGAAGCUCAUGGAGGAGGAUUGAUGGCUCACUUUGGUGUAGCCAAAACACUAAGGGGUCGUUUGGAUGUGGAAAUUUGAAAAUGUGGGAAUUUGCCUGAAUUUCCAUGUUUUACAAAACCAAGGAAUUGACUUGUGGAAAUUGAACGAAAUUCCACGUUUGGAUAGGGUUUAGUUUUGGGGGAAUUGAUGGUGUGAAAUUUGGUAAAAAUACAAAAAUGCCCUCUUUUGUUUAUAUAUACAUACCCCUCCUAAAGGUUGUUGUUGUGUUCUACUUACUACUAAUUGGAGCUAACUUUAGCAUAAUUAGUAAAAUAUGGUACAUAAAAGUUACCUAUAAAAUACUUACGGAUAUUUUACUUCUUCUUUAAGCUAAUGUUACGUUUAAUAGUACAUUAAUAGUCAUAAAUAUAUAAACUUAAUUAUUUUAAUAAUAAAUACAUAUAUAAAUAAUAGUAAGCUUAAUUAUUUAAAUAAUAAAUACAUAUAUAAAUAAUAGUAAAGUUA